AUGACUGACGUUGUUGCUAGUUUUGCCUUGGAGAACUUGAAAAAUUUGCUCAUCCAUGAAGCAAAUUUGUUUCGUAGAGUGAAGGACGAUGUCAAUUUGCUUCAAGAUGAUUUUGGCUUUAUGGAUGCCUUUCUCAAAGAUUCUGAAGAGAAAGGAGAUGAUCAUUACAUGGUGAAGGAGUUAAUCAACCAAAUCAGAGACACUGCUUUUGAGGCUGAGGAUGUCAUAAACACAUACAUGGCUCAAGUUAUUAAGCAACGGAGGAGGAACCUGCUGCUGAAACUGCUCCAUUGCUUUGAUCAUGCAGCCGUGCUUCACCAUGUUGCCGAGAAAACCCCCAGCAUCAAAAGAAAGAUUGAGAAUAUUUAUGCCAAUAAAACAGCAUUUGGCAUAGAAGCUCAAUCUCAUGCAGAUGAAGAGGCAGAACAAUCACUUCAACAACGCCGGAGAAAUGUUGAGGAAGAGGAUGUGGUGGGCUUUGGUGAUGACACAGCAAAAUUGGUCUAUCGGCUUCUCGAUCGAGGCAGAUUACAACGCAAGGUAAUUUCAAUCAUAGGCAUGGGUGGUUUGGGAAAGACCACGCUUGCUAGAAAAAUUUACAACAACAAUCAUAUCAAGAAUCAUUUUGAUCACUAUGCAUGGGUUAGUGUAUCUAAAGAAUACAAAACCAGGAUGUUGAUUUUUGAUAUAUUGGAGUGUGUUGGGCAUAUAUCAGACGAAAAAACAUAUAAAAUGUCUGACGAACAACUUAAAGUCACAUUGCGUGACAACUUGAAAGGAAAGAGAUAUUUUGUCGUCAUGGAUGAUGUGUGGAAACCUCACUUUUGGGAUGAGAUAAGAGCAUGUUUUCCCGACGACUCAAAUGGAAGCAGAAUUUUAAUCACCAGUCGGGAAAAAGAAGUUGCCUCGCAUGCUAGCUCAACUCCUCCUUAUUUUUUACCAUUUCUUGAUAAGGAAACAAGUUGGGAACUCUUGUGCAAGAAGGUGUUUCGAGGAGAAAAAUAUCCUUCAAAUCUAGAAAGUCUCGGGAGGCAACUUGCUGAAAGUUGUAAAGGUUUACCACUUUCUAUUGUGGUAUUGGGAGGUAUUCUGGCAAACAAAGAGAAGACACAACAAACAUGGUCCAAAUUUAUUGGCAAUGUCAAUUGGUUCCUCAUCGACGAUGACAACAAUCAUUGUUCAGAUAUUCUUGCUCUGAGCUACAAGCACUUGCCACGUAAAUUAAGACUAUGUUUCUUGUAUGUCGGUGUCUUCCCUGAAGAUUUUCUGAUCCCUGCAAGGACAUUAAUUCAAAUGUGGGUUGCCGAAGGAUUCAUAUCUAUUCAACAUGACAGCAGAAAGAUGGAUGAAAUUGAUGUUGCUGAAUACUACUUGGAACAGCUCAUCGAUCGAAGUUUGAUCCAGGUAGCAAGUAGGAGAAGCCACGGAGGCGUGAAGACUUGUCGUAUCCAUGAUCUUGUAAGAGAUUUCUGCAUAAAGAUGAGCAUUCAAGAGAAAUUUUAUGAGGUUCGUGUGAAUAAUGCUGACCUUAGAUGUUCAUCAAGUAGUACCAUCCCUCGAAGACUAUCCAUACAAGGUAACAUUGAUUCUGAAAGCAUUUCCUCCCCAAGCACUAUCAAUGAUUCAAUUUCUGUUGGGUCUUUGUUGUUAUUUACCUCAUAUUUUCAUUACAACCCUUUGAAAUGGGCUUCGAAGAACUUUAAGUUUAUCCGGUUGUUGUCCGUUGAGGUUAUGUAUUCAUCUCAUCUAUCGCCUACUUUUCUUAAUGAAAUAGGACAACUAGUUUUUCUAAGAUACCUCAAAAUAGCAUUUUGGGCAAGCCAUAAGCAAAUAUUUGUUGUGCGGAGUCCAUUUUUUGUUUCGGAAUCAUUUCCUGCUUCCAUAUGCAAGCUUCCAUAUCUUGAAACAAUUCAAUUGACACAGAUUGGUAUGUGCAUUCCAAAUAAGAUAUGGAUGAUGAAGCAAUUAAGAUAUCUCUAUGUGAGUCCUAGAAUGGAAUUACAACCACCUUCAAAAGUUGGUCACACUUUAAGUAACCUGAAAGUCCUUUCCUGUGUACAAGUUGAUGAGAAAACUUCCAUUCUCUUUCGAAAAUCUUUGUUCCCAAAUUUGAGGAAACUGCAUUUAAUAAUUAAAUGGGAAAGCGAGAUUGAUGAAUCUGUGGCGUCAGAAACAUUGGCAAGUCUAGAGUCUUUGCAAAACCUGCAAAUCUUGAAAUUGAGUUGGUUCGAAUUCGGGCAACGGUUGGAUUUGUUCCCAUCAUCAUCAUCAAAACUCACCAAGAUUACAUUUGAAAGUUGCAAAUUCUUGGACUCAAACCACUUGAUGGAAAGUCUUGGGAAACUUGCCAACUUACAGAUCCUAAAGAUUAAAAGAUGUGAUAUUUCGUCUCGGCAGCUACAUUUCAUGGCGGGUGAAUUUCCGCAGUUGGAAGUCUUUAAAAUGAUUGGUUUAAAAGAUAUUGAAACGUGGGAACUGGAGACACAUGCAAUGCCUAACCUUCAGCAUCUGGUUAUCGAUGGAUGUGCAGAUUUGAGAAAUCUUCCAGAUGAACUCUGGAGCUUGGCUAACCUCAGAAUGGUACAGGUAACGGACAUCAAAACAGAUUUGAAGGAGAAGCUCAUGAUCAAGCAAUCAAAGAUGAAGGAGCAUGGAUAUUCUUUCAAACUCAUCAUAAGUUGA